CUGAAUGUAAACAGCAGCAUCAGCUUUGAGGAAACAUCCACCCUCCUCUUCCUCCUCCUCCUCUACCGCGGAUUUACCGGGACUGCAGACACACUCAGAGCCGCAGGAGGAACCAUCGCUGGAGAUGGACUGCAGGUAGGAGACAACAAUACACGUCUGUGGCUUCGGAAAACAAAUGGAAACCAUUUCCUGUCAGCUGACAAGCCGUGGAAGAAGUGUUCAAAUCCCACGUUUGAAUAACGAUGACUCCCAUCCUCGCUGUUUGAACAUGCUGCUCGGGUAGUGAAGGCGACUGCGAGGAGCGUCUACCCAAUUAAACUCCCCUCACACACACGCGCACACAAGCACAACCAUGCUGAUCAAGGAGUAUCGUAUCCCCAUGCCGAUGAGUGUGGAGGAGUACCGCAUCGCUCAGCUCUACAUGAUCCAGAAAAAGAGCCGAGAGGAGAGCUGCGGCGAGGGUAGCGGCGUGGAGAUCCUGGAGAACAAGCCUUAUGUGGACGGCCCCGGGGGCUCAGGCCAGUACACGCACAAGGUCUACCACAUCGGGAAACACAUUCCGUCCUGGUUCUGUGCCAUCCUGCCUCAAGCUGCCCUCCGAGUGGAGGAGGAGUCCUGGAACGCCUACCCCUAUACACGAACCCGGUAUACCUGUCCCUUUGUUGAGAAAUUCUCUAUCGACAUUGAGACGUAUUAUAAACCAGAUACUGGAAACCAAGUGGACGUCUUCAAUCUGUCCUCUGCUGAAAGGAGACAGAGGACUGUAGACCCCAUAGACAUCGUGAAGGACUACAUCGCUCCUCAUGAGUACCUGGUGGAGGAAGACCCCAAACUGUACCAGUCCGACAAGACCAAACGGGGUCCACUGUCAGAGGACUGGAUAGAGGAGAUCAACCAGGACCCUGGUCAGAACCCCGUCAUGUGCGCCUACAAGCUCUGCAAAGUGGAGUUCAGAUACUGGGGCAUGCAGUCCAAGAUCGAACGCUUCAUACAUGACGUGGGUCUGCGUAAAGUGAUGGUCCGUGCCCACCGGCAGGCGUGGUGCUGGCAGGACGAGUGGUACGGCCUGACCAUCGAGGACAUCAGGCAGCUGGAGCUGGAGACCCAGCUGGCGUUGGCUAAGAAGAUGGCCCACUACAGCCUCAGUGAGGAGGGGGGAGCGGAGCCCAAUGGCUCCACUGUCAGCCAGGACCAGCAGCAGGGAGCUGAGGCUGUGGGAUCCAGUGCAGAGGCCGAGGGAGGAGGAGGGAAGCUGGGGGAGUCACUGGAGUCACGGGGGGAGCUCACCAAGCAGUGGUCAACAUCCUCUAGAUCCUCCAAUAGGUCAUCUAAGAGAGGAGGUAGUCCAUCUCAUCAGAGCAUUUCAGAAUGGAGGAUGCAGAGCAUUGCGCGGGACUCAGAGGACAGUACCGACGAUGAGUUCUUUGAUGCUCAUGAGGACUUUUCUGACAAUGAGGAGAUGUUCGCCAAGGAGAUCACCAAGUGGAGCUCCAACGACCUGAUGGACAAGAUAGGGACUACAGAGGCGGAUGAAGCACAAGAAACGUUGUAUCGGGAGUCGGGCGAGGAGUACGCCGUGAUGAGUAAUGAGGAGGCGCAGAUGGAGGAUUGUUCAUCUCAGCAGUGUCUGCAGUCGUCCAAAAUCCAUGUCCUCAUUCUGGUCCUGCACGGAGGAAACAUCCUGGCCACUGGCUCGGGUGAUCAGAGCAGCAAGCAGGCGGAUGUAAACACGCUGAGUGGGGCUUUUGAGACCGUGAUGAGGGUUCAUUACCCGGCAGCGCUGGGCCGCCUCGCCAUCCGGAUGGUCCCCUGCCCUGCUGUGUGUGUCGACGCAUUCUCCCUGGUCUCCAACCUGAGCCCCUACAGCUACGACGAGAGCUGCCUCUCCAGCAGUCAGGACCACAUCCCCCUGGCCGCUCUGCCUCUUCUGGCUACCUCUGCUCCACAGUAUCAAGACGCUGUAGCAUCCGUCAUCUUACGAGCCAAUCAGGUCUAUGGGGACUUCAUCAAGUCUCCAGAUGGGUCGUCUUUUUGUGGCCAGGUGUGUGUCAUUGGCGACUGUGUCGGUGGUAUCCUGGGAUUUGAUGCUCUGUGCAGCAGCUCGGUGACGGUGUCAGAGAGUCAAAACAGCAGCAGACGGGGCAGCACCAUCAGUGUGCAGGACACAGACCUCCUCUCUCCAGGUAUUAUUAUAAACAGCAUCUCUCCGUCUUCGCCGUCCCUUGAGGGAAGCCGCCAUCUCAGCCGCAGCAACAUAGACAUCCCUCGCUGCUCGGGGCCCGACGACGCCAAGAAAGCACUUCCUCGCAAGCGCAGCGACUCGUCCACGUACGAGCUGGACACCAUCAAACACCACCAAGCCUUCCUGUCCAGUCUUCACUCCAGCGUGCUCCACGGGGAGCCCGGAUCGCGGCGCUCCAGCAACAGCACCAUGUUGGAGGGAGGCUCCUUGGGAAAGUUUGACUUCGAGGUGACUGACUUCUUCCUCUUCGGCUCUCCUCUGGGGCUGGUGCUCGCACUAAGGAAGACUGUGGUGCCCUCGUUAGAUGUGUCGGCUCUGCGUCCAGCCUGUCAGCAGGUUCACAACCUGUUUCACCCGGCCGACCCCUCGGCCUCGCGCAUCGAGCCUCUCCUGGACAAGAGGUUCUACCUGCUGCCUCCCUUGAGUGUUCCCCGCUAUCAGCGCUUCCCUCUGGGUGAUGGACUCUCCGCCCUCUUGGUGGAGACUGUGCAGAGUAACCCUCAGCUUCUGAUGGAUACUGCUGGUAUGGGGCCUCAACGCUGGCAAGAAAGCAACUUCAAUGAGACGUCCAUCCCUGUGCCCGUUCUCAACUGGCAAACCUCACAGCUCCACGCAGAGACGGAUUCUCUCCACUCACAUAACUUCGUCGAUGGCCAGAAUCCAUUGUCCACGUCUCCAGGGGUCCCUCACUUUCGCUGCAACCGCAGGGCCAGUGAGGCCAGCAUAGCCAGCCAGGUGUCCGGUAUAGCCGAUGCUUACACUGCCUCCAACAUCGCCACGACACACAAAGUGACCCUCACUAAAAGGCCCAGUCUGCUGUCCCACCUGGCUCUGCCCUACAAUAAAUUUGCCUCUCGGAACUCGACCCGUCGGUUGCGCAACAAAAUCCUUCAGGUGGUCCAGAGGCCCAACGGUGUGGGGUCUGAGCAGAGCUCGGACCUUAGCUCUGACAUGAGCUCUGACAUGACCUUUGACCUCAGCGAUGUCUCGCCUAACAUCACAGACAUCGGCUCGGCCCCCCCGUCACCUAGGGUGCUGAAGAACAUAGAGCAAGUUGCAUCUCGGUGGUGGGGGGUGAAGAGGAUGGACUACGCCCUGUACUGUCCCGAUGCCCUGACAGCGUUUCCAACAGUGGCUCUGCCUCAUCUCUUCCAUGCCUCCUACUGGGAGUCUACAGAUGUGGUCUCCUUCCUGCUUAGACAGGUGAUGAGACAUGAGAACUCCAGUAUUUUGGAGCUGGACGGCAAAGAAGUGACUGAAUUCACUCCGUCCAAGCCUCGUGAGAAGUGGCUCCGCAAGAGGACUCAUGUUAAGAUUAGAAACGUGACAGCGAACCAUCGCGUCAACGAUGCCGUGUUCACGGAGGACGGAGCCCAGAUGGUGACGGGUCGUUUCAUGUACGGCCCUCUGGACAUGGUUACCCUCACUGGAGAGAAGAUUGACAUCCACAUAAUGACCCAGCCUCCCUCUGGAGAGUGGGUGUGCUUUAACACAGAGCUCACUAACAGCAGUGGACGUGUCUCCUAUGUCAUCCCUGAGAGCAAAAAGCUGGCUGUUGGCGUGUAUCCUGUCAAAAUGGUGGUCAGGGGUGACCACACAUCUGCAGACAGUUAUCUAACGAUUUUACCACGGGGAACAGAGUUUGUAGUGUUCAGUAUUGACGGGUCAUUUGCUGCCAGUGUGUCUAUCAUGGGAAGCGACCCAAAGGUUCGAGCUGGAGCUGUGGAUGUGGUGAGGUAUUGGCAGGACCUGGGCUAUUUGAUAGUGUAUGUAACGGGUCGUCCUGACAUGCAGAAGCAGCGUGUGGUGGCCUGGCUCUCUCAGCACAACUUUCCUCACGGAAUCGUCUCCUUCUGCGACGGCCUGGUUCACGACCCCUUGCGACACAAGGCCAACUUCCUCAAAUCCCUCAUCAACGAGGCCCACAUGAGGAUCUUUGCAGCGUACGGAUCCACCAAGGACAUCUCGGUGUACACGUCUAUCGGCCUGCCUCCGUUCAAUAUCUACAUAGUGGGAAGACCCACAAAGAAAAUGCAGCAGCAGUGUCAGUUCAUCUCGGAUGGCUAUGCUUCCCACCUGUCCCAGCUGGAGUACAACCAGAGGUCUCGUCCCGCCAAGUCCGCCAGCGCCCGCAUGGUCCUCCGCAAGAGCAGCUUCGGCCUGGGUGCAGCCGGAGGCGAAUUCCUCCGUAAACGCAACCACAUCUUUCGCACCAUCACCUCUCAGCAGCCUGGAGGAGCUGGCUCGGCCACCCCCAGCCAGCCGGGCCGGACUGAGCGUACACUGAGCCAGUGUGAGAUGGAGCGCGAUCGGGGGGUCCCAGCAGGUGCCCAGAGAAGCAUGAGUAUAGCUGCAGGGUGCUGGGGCCGCAGCGGGAGCACCAAGGAGGGCAGCGGAGGGCUACUCGGCCCUAAAUUAUUCGAAUGAGGGGCUGAGGUGUCAGAGGCCUGGGCCACCAUGAUCUCUGGACGAGUCAAAGGUGGGAUGAAGAGGGGAGAGCUUGUAUUUUAGAAAUCAGAGAUAGGUGAGGGAUGUGGCAGACACAACACACUGAUUGGCUCAGGAGAGAAUGAGGAUAGGAGAAAAGGGAAGGAGGGAUACUAAGGGAUCUGUUCAGGAGGAGUGGACUAAUCAGGCCAAGUGGGAUCCAGCGUACAAAAGACGAUUCUGUAGCAUGACUCUUUUACAGUAAUACUUUUUAUAGGAGACGUCACUAACUAUUGAAAAAUGACAAUGGAAGCAUUAAGAGAAAUAUUGUAAGCCUUAAAUUAUUCUCGUAUAACGGGACCCCCUCCCCCCCUCCACCCCUCCACUCCCCACUUCCUGAACACACACAUGCCCAAGCAUUCACACUCAUGAGCUCAGGACGAACUGCAGCCCGACUCAUCUUCAAACAGUCGGGCGCGGCAAUGAGCUUCACCUCUGUUUCUGUCCCACUGUCAGCCGAGCGACACACGCUUCAAAAGCAGCAUUGACCGGCGGAAUGAGUCGCCUCACAGUUUAAAAACACAAAGAAAAGGAAGGCAAGAAGAGAUGUGAGAAAUAAAGAUUAGGGUCUCUCAAAUCACUUAAAUCUGUAUGACAUUUUUUCACUUUGACCUGUUGCGGUAUUUAUCUGUACAGAGAGCUUUGCUGUCAUUGUCCAGAAUGGGAGAUAUCUGUCUCUGUCCGUUUUUUCAGUGGAACGUCUCCACCGAGGAAACUAUCCCAAUGAGAGGGGAUUCAUCUGUUUUUUUAAAGUAUUAUUGUUUUUAGCCAUAUGAGGGCAGCAGAGAAAGCUGUAGACAACACUGAUAUAAAAUCACAACUGUUUCUGACAUUAACAAACCCAUUAUACUCAUUGGUAUAAAUGGGGUGGACAAAACAAUAGAAAUAGGCUUCCUCUCUGUAUCACACUGUACAAUUCAAUAGUAUCACAAACUGAUCGCACAGGUGAAUCACUUUGUCUGUAAAACUGAACCAACUGAACCAAUAUAACCUUCUUAAAGGAAGGAUUUACUUUUGUAUUAGACUAGAUUAGCUUUACCUGGACAUGUCUAAUAAAUUGCAAAAUGAG